AUGCACCUCUAAGAUGGUUUGCCAACCGCCAUUAAACACCACAGAAGAAGAAAACAGAGCGUGCUUCUGGAGGUCAGGGGUUUGAUAAGAAACCUAGUUGAGUAGUCUGUAACGAAAAUCCUGUGUUUUCACUUGUAAAACCCACAGAGGAUUAAUUAUACACAUUAACACGACAUCGUUUCGUGGUAUCGGGGAAUCCAGCAGCGUGUCUUUGAUCAGUUUGUCUUGGAUUUUUAGUAUUACGACAUAGCUAGCUAGCAUUGGCUACAGGCUAACAGCUCCUGUUUUCAUCAGGUGACACCUCAGAUCUUCUAACUUUACAGCCAUGGACAACUCACAAGGCUCGGGAGGAAUGAAAGGAGGUAUCGGGGGUCUCUUUGGAGGAGGUGCAUCUGAAUACUCCAACACAGAGCUCGCCGGUGUUCCCUUGACUGGAAUGAGUCCUCUGUCUCCUUACCUCAAUGUCGACCCUCGUUAUCUGAUUCAGGACACAGAUGAGUUUAUUCUGCCCACAGGCGCCAAUAAAACAAGAGGGAGGUUUGAACUGGCUUUCUUCACCAUAGGAGGAUCCUGCAUAACUGGAGCAGCAUUUGGAGCUGUAAAUGGUCUCAGGGUGAGCCUGAAGGAGACUCGAGGCAUGGGAUGGUCCAAACCUCGUAAUGUGCAGAUUAUCAACAUGGUGACCAGACAGGGUGCUUCAUGGGCCAACACGCUGGGCUCUGUUGCCUUGUUAUAUAGUGUUUUUGGUGUGGCGAUAGAGAAGGUCAGAGGAGCAGAAGAUGACAUCAACACAGUGGCUGCUGGGACGCUAACUGGGAUGCUCUUUAAAUCAGGCAGUGGCUUAAAGGGUGUAGCCCGAGGAGGACUGGCUGGUUUAGCUUUGUCUGGUGCCUACGCUCUCUACAGCAACUGGGACCGACUCACCGGCUCCUCGUCCUCGUCCUCCAGGCUGUACUAACCCUCUCCCACAAACAUCUGCUUCUACAUUAGGGCCAAAUAUCUCUCCAGAACACAGCCUUUAACCACAGCGCUAAGAGGAAUUAGACUCUGGUCAAAUGCAGUGUGCUUUUCAGAGACAUGUGGGUUCGUACCAGGUCCCUGGUUCACUUUCCUUUCCAGGAGCAUUCUGGGGAAUGUGUUUGAAAAAAGAAGAUUGGACUAAAUUCCACUGGGAAUCCAGAUGUAGGCCGUCCUGUAACACCCCUCUCUUCAUUUAUCUUUAUCCUCGGAGGUAUUCCUGUCACUGAUCUGAUCAGUAAUAAGAAAUUGUAUAGAGUGGUGUCAUUUGUUAUAUCAUUGUUUAUGGGAGACGUAUGAGUCUUCUUUGAUCCUAGUUUUGAAAUCAAUGAACCCGUGAUAUGUGGGUUAAAUGAGCCAAAAGUUGACAUCUGGUGUGUGUGGUUCACCAGGUGAACAGCAGUGGAUUCAUGUUCUGGACUGAAAGACUCUUCUGUCGAAGAAGAGCAAAGAGAUUUUCACUUAAGAUGUACAAACACAGAACUAAGCCUUAAGGUCAGUUCUACUCUUGUAUUUAUUGAAUCGUAUCUGCAGUGGUUCCUGUUUUACUGUGCAAGAAGAAAUCACUGUAAAGCUGUUUAUUUGUCUCCAUCAAAUCCGCUCUAUUAAAAAAAAUGGGAAAUGUUGA